AUGGAUUCUGCCGCCUCCACCAGUAUAGAUGAUGCGACGCGCCAUCUGGAGAAGCUGGAUUUUCAUCAUCCUUACACUCCGUACGCCGUCCAAGAAGAGUUCAUGAAAACUGUAUACAGCGUCUUGGACAAAGGCGAAGGGCAAAUCGGUAUCUUGGAAAGCCCCACAGGCACUGGCAAAUCACUUUCAUUAAUCUGCGCUUCGCUUACCUGGCUCCGAAAUUUCAAGUCCAACAGAUUUGAGGUAUCGAUAAAAAAUGCCGGAGAGGCCUACAAGGACGAACCGUCAUGGCUCGUCGAUCAGCUACUGCGCCGAAAGCGUGAGGAGCUGGUUCAAAGGUGGGAAGAUCGCGAGAGGCGCCUCGAAGCCAUCAGAUCAAGAGAAAAAGAAGUUGAAGAACGAGGCCGCAAGCGCCGCCGCCUCGAAGUCUCAACAGCGCCUGGUCAAUGCACCGAAAUGGACCCUGAUGAGGCCGAAUGGCUUCUAGAUGACUGGGAAGACCGUGACACCGGUGUCCAGGAUGCCUUGUCUGGGUUGAGUAAAGAAUCGCGUGAGGUCUUGGAGCGCAUCGGCCUGGGCGGACCUCGGAAGAAGGAAGAGGACAAUGACAUUCUAGAGGAAGAGAUCAAGAUCUAUUAUACGUCUAGAACCCACUCGCAACUGUCGCAGUUCAUUGCGGAACUGCGCCGCCCAAGCUUUCCGUCUUCACUUCCAAUUUCUCUUACUGAGGAAAAGUCCCCUGCUCAAGAGCCGGUCAAGCUAUUACCGCUGUCUUCCCGACAAAGGCUGUGCAUCAACCCAUCCGUUGCAAAACUCGGGUCAGUGCAGGCCAUCAAUGACCGCUGUGCUGAGCUCCAGCAGUCAAGGUCUACGAAGAAAUGCUCCUAUGUUCCAAAAGAGGAGCUCUUGAGCCAAACGCACCAGUUUCGCGACUCGGCUUUGGCCACUGUCCCCGACAUUGAGGAUUUGCACCAGCUAGGCAAGUCUUUGGCCGUAUGCCCGUACUAUGCGUCUCGGUCGGCAUUACCUGGUGCAGAAGUCAUCACGCUUCCAUAUCCCCUUUUGCUUCAGAGAAGUGCCCGAGAGGCGCUAGGAAUCAAGUUGGAGGGAAACGUUGUCAUCAUUGAUGAGGCACACAACGUGAUGGAUGCAGUUGCCAAUGUUCAUGCCGCGGAGAUCAAUCUCUGUGGCCUUCGCAAGGGGCGAGGGAUGCUCGGGGUCUACGUGAAACGGUUUGGGAAGAAACUCACGGGUGCCAACCGUGUUAACGUAGGAAGGCUUGGGCGAGUAAUUGAUGGCCUGACAGAGUGGAUGGAUGGGGCGAAGGGCUUCGAGCAGCAACAUGGAAUCGUGGACGCAAACGACUUGACUCGACGCAAAGGCAUCGACCAAAUCAACAUGUUUGAGCUCAUUCGGUACAUUCAAGAGUCCAAGCUCGCAUACAAGAUUGAGAGCUACGCAGCACAUGUUGAUGGCGAGAAAGAAUCCGCCAAGCAGGUGACGAGAUCGAGCUCGCCCGUGCUGCACGCCCUUGUCUCGUUCCUCGUAGCACUUACCAAUCCGAGCUCCGAGGGCCGGAUAUUCUACCAAAAGACGGCCGAACCAGGCCAAGACGUCCAACUUUCAUACUUGUUGCUGUCUCCAACGCAUGCCUUCUCGUCCAUUGUGUCCAGCGCGCGAGCGGUAAUACUGGCAGGAGGAACCAUGUCGCCCUUUGACGACUACAAGAAUCAUCUUUUUCCGACCCUAGCCGAUGCCAAAGUAACCACGCUCAGCUGUGGCCAUGUAGUACCACGCGAAAAUCUAUGCGUCUGGACACUGGCGGGAACUCGUCCAGGUGGCCCAAGUUUUGAGUUUAGCUACCGGCGCCGAGGGGACCAAGAAAUGGUCAGAGAGCUGGGACUGUCGAUACUGAAUAUUUGCUCGAUUGUCCCGGACGGCGUUGUGGUCUUCUUCCCAAGCUACGGAUAUCUUGAGGAAGUCGUCGCCAUGUGGAGUCGACAGAGCCCCGGAGACAAGACGCCUCAGGCAACCAUUUGGGAUCGUUUGCAAGCUCGCAAGAUGGUGUUCCGCGAAACAAGGGGCUGCUCCAGUGACGAGGUCCUCUCGGAGUAUACACGAGCCAUCCUCGGGAACGGAGCAAGCGCCACCAGUCCAGUGAAGGGCAAAGGCGGUGCAGUCCUCCUGAGUGUCGUAGGAGGCAAAAUGUCCGAGGGCAUCAACUUCUCCGAUCGCUUGGGCCGAUGCGUCAUGGUCGUCGGUCUGCCGUACCCAAACAUUGCGUCGCCAGAGUGGAAAGCCAAGACGGAAUACAUCGAAUCGACUGCCAUGGAAAAUCUACAAGGCAGCGGGAAUAGCGCUGGCUCAAACUUGACCAAGGAGGAGGCUGUGGCGCGAGCCAAGCAGGCAGCGAGGGACUUUUACGAAAACGCUUGUAUGCGGGCCGUCAACCAGAGCAUUGGCCGCGCGAUUCGUCACAGAGGCGAUUAUGCGGCGAUUGUACUUGUCGACAGGAGGUAUGCUACGGACAGAAUCCAGGGAAAGCUGCCCGGAUGGAUCCAAAGCGGGAUGGAGACACGUCGUGGUGGCGGUGAUGGUGAUGGCAAGGAUGGACGUCAUAUGUGCCGCCAGUUUGACGCAUUUAUUCCCCGCAAAGUCAGGGCCAGCCCACGGAGCCAUUCCGGGAUCCCGGGAAAUUCGCCACCCAACGUCGAAGCAGCGUCCGCGGCAGGACGUCUGGUGCCGCAAAGGGAGCAGUGGCGUCACAGCUCGCAUGUUGGCGCACCUCGCCUCGCGCUGCCCAAGCAAGUCGAUGCCAAUCCAGACGUCACAUGCAUCCGGCAGCCGCUGCCUCCCCCAAGGCAUUUCCAUCGCAACCCCCGCAGCUCAUCCCUUCAGUUUUCCAUCAACCAGGCCGCGGCAUCCAUCAAAAUCACCAUGAUUACGGUUCCAAGAGCCUCGGUCCGUCUUGUACGGAACCACGUCCGCCCGGCGGCGACGGCGAUCGCGGCCCCACGCGGCUUCUCCGGAACCGCUCGCCGGCAAACAUACGAAGAUGACGCCAGUGGUCAAGAGCUGCCGCCCUCGAAGUCGAACCUCGCAGAAACUCUCCGCAAGAACUGGGUCCCGAUUGGCGGAGCCGCGCUCUUCGCAGGGCUCGCCUACGCGUACUUUUCCUCGCCCGGUCCGAACAAGGCCUCGGAGAAGGAUCGUCUGUCCCGCUCAGAGGCGAAACAAUCCAAGUAA